AAAGUGUGUCUGAACUGUCACUUGACGUUUAGUCUUUCUGUCGGGGUGUAAGUGCGUUGACCACUUCUUGUCUCGUGGAUAUAAAGGAAACUAAUCCACAACCAUGACUGACGCGCAACAGGAGGCCCGCUCAUACUUGAGCGAGGAGAUGCUUGCCGAGUUCAAGGCUGCCUUCGACAUGUUCGACACCGACGGUGGCGGUGAUAUCAGCACCAAAGAGUUGGGUACCGUGAUGAGGAUGUUGGGUCAGAAUCCAACAAGAGAAGAGUUGGAAGAAAUCAUUGAGGAGGUCGAUGAAGACGGCAGCGGAUCCAUUGACUUUGAAGAGUUCUUGGUCAUGAUGGUGAGACUCCUAAAGGAGGACCAGGCUGGCAAGAGUGAGGAAGAGUUGGCUGAAUGCUUCCGUGUGCUGGACAAGAAUGGUGACGGUUACAUCGACAGAGAUGAGUUUGCUGAGAUCAUCCGUAGUACUGGUGAAUCCAUCUCAGAUGAAGAGAUUGAUGAGCUGCUUAAAGACGGAGACAAGAACAAUGACGGCAUGCUGGACUUUGAUGAAUUCCUCAAGAUGAUGGAGAAUGUGCAGUAAAACAGAAACUCAUGGACAUAUCUUUCCCCUCUCACCUCUUACCCUUUAAUGCCACUCAAACUCUCCUUCCCCUUUUGUCCUCAUUUGCCUUACUGCCUCCAUCUCACCUCUUCAGCAGACAGACAGAAAAACACCUGUGUGUGGUUUACCAAGGUUCAGCCUGCAAUGCUCUUUAUUUUGGGCUCCCACUGACCCUCAUACCUCAAGACCGAAGGGUGUGAUGUGGUUCUUAACUUCAUCAUAUAUGAUGGUACUCAGUUCACUAGAAGCACAUGCCAUGGUAGACCUCAUCUUAGUGGGUGUUUAGUCUAGAUUUAAUCUAGAUCAGCAGCUUGUUAUCGCUGUAUAGACCAAUGCUAAAGCUACAAACACUGUAUUAAAGAACAAACGCUUGAAACAGAAUAAAAAAUAAAACACACUCAUAUUUA